AUGCUUCCGCCCAACAUUGACGAUGCAUUGACCUCCAGUGAUGUAAUCGUGAGGGAAGGUGACAACGUCACCUUGCGCUGCAAGGCGAAAGGUAGUCCCGAACCUGCCAUACGAUGGAAACGUGAUGAUGGUUUGAAAAUUGUCCUCAACAAAAGCAAUGAAGUUAGCGAAGUUGAAGGUGAAACUCUGGAAUUGGAACGUAUCUCACGUCUCCACAUGGGAGCUUAUUUGUGCAUAGCCACAAACGGUGUGCCACCCAGUGUAUCGAAACGUAUUAAAGUUAGCGUUGACUUCUCUCCCAUGGUGUCGAUACCCCAUCAAUUAGUCGGUGUGCCAAUGUAUUUCAAUACGACGCUGGAGUGUUUUAUUGAAGCGAAUCCCACAUCGCUGAACUACUGGACCAGAGAGAAUGAUCAAAUGAUCACAGAUUCGUAUAAAUAUAAAACCGAAACCAUACCCGGUAAUCCGUCAUACAAGGCAACAAUGCGUUUACACAUAACGAAUGUACAGAAAAGUGAUUAUGGCAGCUACAAGUGUGUAGCCAAAAAUCCUCGUGGUGAAAUGGAUGGGACCAUAAAACUUUACA